AUGUCGGAUUCUGAUAAAACUCUCGAGAAUCAGAUUCUGGAAGCUGGGGAAAAGCUAAUUAACCCGCCUUCUUCAGUCGAUGAGCUUCUUUCUCUCCUUGAUAAACUUUUCCUCAGCCUGGCAGAGGUCGAGCAGUCACCUCCCGAUUCAAUGCAGAACGCACUCUCUCCUUUGACGAAAGCAUUAGUCGCUCGAAAACUCUUCAAGCAUUCAGACGACGAUGUGAAAGUCUCAGUCGCUGCCUGCAUCAGUGAGAUCACAAGGAUAACUGCUCCGGAGGCUCCUUAUGAUGAUGAACAGAUGAAGGAAGUAUUUAAGUUAAUUGUAUCAUCAUUUGAGAAUUUAGUUGACACAUCUAGUCGCUCCUAUUCCAAAAGGACCUCGAUCCUUGAUACCGUAGCUAAGGUCAGAUCAUGCGUUGUGAUGUUGGAUCUUGAGUGUGAAUCACUUCUUAUUGAGAUGUUCCAGACUUUCCUGAAGGCAAUAAGGGACCAUCAUCCAGGGAACGUAUUUUCAUCUAUGGAGAACAUUAUGACCCUUGUUUUAGAAGAAAGUGAGGAUAUACCUCCGGAAAUGCUUUCACCAAUUCUACAUUAUGUUAGAAAGGAUGAUGAGGUUCCCCAGGUAUCACGGAGGUUGUCAGAACAUGUUCUCAGCAACUGUGCUAGCAAGCUCAAAACGUAUCUGACGGAAGCAGUGAAAUCAUCGGGUGUCUCUUUAGAUAAGUAUAGUGACAUGGUGGCUUCGAUAUGUGAAGGGACAUUCAAUGCUAUGGAGAUAGACCAAGUUGUCGAGAAUGAAAAAGAGGAUAGUCAAGGUGAUUUAGCAAAGGAAGCAGAAGUAGAGGAUUCAGAGAAGGCAGCAGAAAUCUCAACACCUGAGCAAACCGAUGCACCUAAGGAUGAAUCUGGUAAGUCAGGAGUCAGCAAUGGCGUUGCGCAACAGAAUGAUUCUUCUGUUGAUACUGAGUCUACAAAGAAGCAAGACGAUACAGAUGCUAAAGAUGAGCCUCAACAACCUGAUAAUCCUAGCAACACUCACUUGGAUAAUACUUCUGAAGAGAAGCCUGAUGUUGAACAUCAAACUAAGGAAGAAGAACCCAGUUCUGUCAAACAGGUGGAUUCAUCAAAAACUUCAGAUAUCAAGGAGAAGACUGAACCUGGAACAGUCCUGGAAAGCAAGGAUGUGUCAAGUCCGCCUCCUGAUGAUUCAUCUAUUAACGUUGCCAGUUCUUCUGAAAAUGAGAAGAUAACAAGUGUUCAGGCUUUGCCAUCUAAGACAUCAGCUGAUGAAACUGCCAAUGUCAGUUCUCCAUCCAAGGCUGGGGAUCUUGUUGAGGAAUCCAAGGCUAAGGAUCUUACUGAGGAAUCUAAGGCUGGGGACCUUGUUGAGGAAUCCAAGGCUGAGGAUCUUGUUGAGGAAUCCAAGGCUGAGGAUCUUGUUGAGGAAAGCCGUCCUAAGAAGACCGCAAACCAGAAGAAAAAGGAAAGCGCAACGAAGGAGCCCAAACCAUCUGCUGCUAGUGCUACCGAAGAAGCCACUGAAGAAGCAAAAACUUCUGAAGCUAAAGUGACGAAAAAGUCUGGAAAGAAGGUCCCUUCCUCCAGUAAAGCUAAGGCUACUGUUCCUCCUUCAAAGAAAAGCACCUCUGAGACAAAAGCAUCAAAGCAGUCAGAGAAAAAGGCAGUUGAGAGUGAUAAUGUGCAAGACUCAAAGCCAAAAGAAGAACAGAAAAAGCCAGGACGUGGGAAAGCCAUAGAUGAGGACUCAUUACAUACUUCUUCAGGGGAUAAUGAAAAACCAGCUGCUUCUUCUGGAAAAUCAGUCUCAAAGUCAAAGAAAGAAGUGAAGCAACCGGUAGAAGAAAGUCCUAAUACAAACGCAAAGAGAAAACGAAGUCCAGUCAAACAGAAAGCAUCUGAUCUCCAGAAAUGUGAUGGUAAUGUAGUUGGGUCGAAGGUCAGAGUCUGGUGGCCUAUGGAUCGAGCGUAUUAUGCUGGUGUGGUCAAGUCAUAUGAUCCUACUAAAAAGAAACAUUUGGUUAUAUAUGAUGAUGGAGAUCAAGAAACCUUGUAUCUUAAGAAACAAAAGUGGCAUUUUCUGGAUGAAACAGAUUCAGAGAAUGAAGAAGCUGCUGAUCAGACUGGUCAUGGUGAAGAAGCCUCUACAGUGCCCCAGAAGAAGAAAGCUAAGACAGGCAACGGCAAGCAAUCAAACUCAUCAGGGAAAAAGGGUGGUGGAGGUGAAUCAAGCAAGUCUAAAGCUGCUCCUGCGUCCAAGUCCGGAAAGAAGUCCCAGGAUGACAAAACAGAGAGCAAACCAAAGGAAGCUGACAUAGAAGAAGAAGAGGGUAGCUCUGAAGAGUUGAGCGAGGAAGAGGAAACCCCCAAAACCAUUGCUAAAUCAGGAAGCAGCAAGUCGAAGAAGGAGAUAUCCAAAACUUCAUCCAAGAAGAAGGAAGAGCCGUCCAAGGCUACUCCUAAGACUGCUGCCAAAUCCAAGUCAGGACCUGCGAAAUCUUCAUCGGCCAAGGGGAAAACAGUUAAGGGCAAAGCAAAGUCUGGUUCUGCUUCUACACCUUCCUCCAAGGCCCAAGAGAGCGAUGCGGAGUCGGAAUCUGAAGAGACGCCGGCGGCACCAGAAACAGCAACAAAAGGGAAAUCAGGCAAGGCGGUUCAGGGAAGUCAGUCAAAGUCCGGUAAGAAGAGGAAGCGAUGA